CUGCAUUAUAGGAGCAUGUUCAACUGCGUAUGCAAAUAAUCAAUCGGCUUGGGGGAAUAAGAAACGUUUGUUCUUAUCGCAGAUACUCGUGUGUAUUUCCAAGUCCACCCGUUUCAUAGAAAACUUAGGUAUUUUCAACUGGUACAUGGCUUCACAUUUUUUGGGGAAAUGAUCAUGUCCGAUUCUCCGGGUCUGCCUGACGCAUACGUUAAAGGUACGGAGACGGCGUCCGCAUGGAUUCCCUGCCACCGCUCUAUCCUCAGCGCCAACAGCCCGUAUUUCCGCUCCAUGUUCGCAUCGCCUAUGAAGGAAUCCCGCGACAGAUUCAUUCAGCUGCACAAUAUUCCCCACGGCAUCCUCACUCUACUCCUUCAUCACAUCCAUUCGUCUGAGAUUGCUGUCGAUGGAGACAACGCUAUCCCGCUUCUGCAAGCGGCCGGAAUUCUGGACAUGCCGGGCAUUCCUGGACAUGGUUGGGCAUCGUACAGUCGCAUCUCGAUUCCCAGCAACUGCUGUGAUCUUAUACUGGGCGGGACUGUUGUCGCAGCGUGAUCUCGCUGAGAAAGCCAAGCUCCUCUGCAUCAAACAUUUUACCGGUAUUCGCAGUCGGCGGACUUUUUGGAAUUGGAUAAAAGCCAACGAAAAGGGCAGGUUUUUCCUAAGCCCGCCAAAAUAAGAAACUGGUGAAACGGCACUGCAGAAACAUAAGUGAAGCUGGCCGAAUAUCAGCGCGGGUGCAGUCGCUGUCUGUGUGCGCAGUGGAUCACCACUCGGUCUGUAUGAGCGGCCGAAGCAACCGCAAUCCGCAGAGACGCAGGCCGGCGCGGCAGGACUGCCUCAUCUUGCACGCCCAUGCUGAAAUAUGUAUGUCGGUCUCAUCACUGCUAUGGGAAGUGAAGUCUGCAUGAGGGGAUAUAGUGGCAGCGAUGGGGAUACCACUGGCAAUACAGAUAUAAAUAUAUUAUCUGGAAUGUGGGAUAUAGUGGCAGCGAAUGCAGCCUUAGAGGGAUUUUUACACGUGUACACUGACGGUCUCCUGUGCGCUUAUGGUGAUGCAGUUGAAAUUGUUCUCUCUUUUGUCUAUUUGGAGGUUACAGCUUUACGGUAGUAACGAAAUUAACCAAUGUUUUGCCCGGAUAACCGCAAAAACGCAUAAUAUUAACGAAUAUACGGGUGAUGUCGAUGCACUAUGUAGCAGCACUUUAUCUUCUGGAAUCUGGAGAUAAUCACAUACUUGAUGCACGGCGCGUCCGAUUUUAUCUUCGCUUCACUUAUGUUGGAUCACACGCUUUGUUCGUCAGAAAUCAACGAAGCUCGAGAGGUUCUCAUGGAAACUAUGCGAUAAGACCGUCGCAACGGGCAGCCACGGGAAACGGGUAACCAUCGGCAGCGGUACUGAAAACCAGUUAAAGCAUGGAAAAGUCACCAAACAACGAACGAAUGGAUGAGGAAAAAAAACGGCGGAUCCGCGAACUGCGCACGGCCGGCCACACCCGGCAGGAAAUCGCGGAUCGCCUGGGCCUCACGUGGCACCAAGUCGUGCAUUACCUCUAUAAAGAGAAGAUCCUUAUUCGCACGAAACGAACGGCGGAGGAGAAAGAGAAAAUCAUGCAACUGCUACGCCAAGAAAAGUUUAGCGAUUCACAAAUUGCCAGGCAGUGCAACAUCUCCGAGUCGGUCGUGGGAGAAAUGCGGCGUAUGAUGGGCAUCACGGAAGAGCAGAGCAAAACCAUCAUGCAGUUGUUCCGUCGCGGCUCUUCCCGAACGGAUAUCAUGCGCGAGGUGGACGUAAGCGGUGAUGCCGUCGACAUUGUCGUUAAAAAAUACGGGCAAAGUUUUGUUGCACGCGAUAAGCUUCCGAUCAGCCAAAAGCAGAAGAGACAAAUAUUUGCCUGCAUUGAAAAAGGUCACAGUAGGCAACGCAUUCUGCAAAAGUUUUGUCUCUCGGAAGCCACUCUGGAAGCGUUAUUGCGGCAAAACGAAAACAGCUACCGGGAACGGUGCCGGCAAAGUUAUCAGCAGCGGCGAGAUACCGCGUUGAAACUGGCUAAACAGGGACUAGCUUGGGAAGAAAUAGCGAAACAGCUGAAAAUCAGCAGGAAGCGUUUAAGCCAGAUAGUGCAAAUGACCAGCCAGGAAUUGAUUUCGCCGGAGGAGCGUCUGCUAGCCAACGCCGAGACUGCUGCGCAACAUGGGAACGUCGAACGUGGACGUCGAAGAUCGGCUCGCUUGAGUGCCAAGCAAAGCGGAAAUCCUGGGAAUGAUCGCAGGUAUUCCGGUUAUUCUAACGAUGAUACCAGCUCUAGUGAAGACGCUCAUUCUUCUUCUUCCGAAAACUCCGAAAAGAGCGUCGAAGCAGUUAAUAAGGAAAAGCCAGCCGAUAAAGCGGUGACCUUAGUAAAAAAGUUAAAGGUCGGACAAAUAGCGGAGGAAAAAAUGCAACGGGUCUGCGAACUACGCAACGCCGGCUGCACCCGGCAGGAGAUCGCGGAACGCGAGGGUGUAAAAGUGAGUACGGUGAAGCAUAUUCUCAAGAAGAAAAAAUUAGCCAUUCGCCGCAAGCAGACACCGGAGCAGACAACACAGGUCAAAGAGUUGAUACGCCAGGGAAAGUUGAGUGACGCAGAAAUCGGGAGGCGGCUGAAAAUGUGCGGGACGGUGGUGGGAAAAAUGCGGCGAAUGCUCGGCGUCACUGCCGAGCAGAAGAAACGCAUCCUCCGUUUGUUCGAUGGCGGAUCUUCCCGAACGGAGAUUAUGCGGGAGGUCGGCGUGGAGGCGGAGGCGGUGGAUGCCGUACUGAAGAGUGUCGGACAGAGUUUUGCCGCGCGGGAUAAACUGCCAAUCAGCCAGAAGCAGAAGAAAGAAAUACUCAGCUGUUUUGAAAAGGGCGACACUAAAGCGGACAUUGCAGAGAAAUUCAACCUGUCGGAAAGCAUUCUGGAAGCGUUGUUGCGGCAGAAUGAGAACAGUUUCCGGGAGCGCCGGCAUCAGAAUUACCAGCAGAAGCGAACGGCUGCGCGGCAACUGCGUGCCGAGGGAUUGUCCUUGCGGGCCAUCGUGAAACGGCUGAAAAUCGGCCUGGACACUGCAGGGAAAAUGCUGAAAACGGCCAGUGAUGAUGAUGAUGAUGAUGAGGGCGAUCAGCUGGUUCAGGCAGCGCCGGCUAAUGAAGACGACGCUAACGAUGUUGCUCAUGUAUUCCGAAGGUCAGCUCGACUGAAGGCCAUGCAUCCUGGCGAUCCAGGCAGUCAACACGGGCGAACCGAUUGUCCUGGUUUAAAACCUUCCUCUUCGCAUGAUCGCGUCACAACAGCCGCACCCAAUAUUAACGCAACUGCCGGUAACAGCGAAGGCGAAGCAGCAACAAUAACUCCGCAGGAAAUCUCACCGGCAGUACUGGAUCCGGAUUUAAGAGAAAACCAGGCUGAAAGUACAGCGGACACCGAUCGCCUCCUGUCGCCCUCUGACGAAGGGAGUAAUAUCGCUCCACCACGACAGCAUAUCAAUGAUGCCGUUACGGUUAAUCCAUCACCCAUGGCACCAAAUGUCGAGUACCCGCAGCAGCUAUCCGCGCCUCUCGAUGAAGAUAUACCAACUCUCCCCUGUGAACGCACCCCGCCCACUAACGAAUGCUCAUUAGACGCGAUAAGCCAACAGCAUGUCGCUGCUGCAAGCAACGACCAGCCUACCAGCACAGCGGGCAGCCGAGUGCUCCAACCAUGUGACAGCUCUCCAGAAAUUCAGUGUAUCGAGACACAUUCCGAGCCAACCAAUAAUACACCCAUCACCGUGUCGAACCAGAUUUUGCCGGAGCAGGAAACGCGUACGGACGGGAGCAACAGUCCGUUCCGGGCACUGCAGGCCGUCGUGCGGAAACUGCGCCAACAGGGAUGCCCCUAUGAAGCGAUUACGCGGCGCAUCGAGGCCUGCUUCCGGUCUGCAGCCACGGCCUCGCGUGAUGACGAACGACCGGACAACACGUGCAGUGAAAUCUCCCCGAGUAACCGGCUGCCUGCUGCUCAGGCUGCGACUGCAGCACGUGACCCUGACACAUCUGCCAUUACACCGGCAAACCCAUUAUACCACGUGGAAGCGGAGGAUGCUGAUGCCGACCAGCACCGAACGGGUUCGGACGCGGAUCCAGUUAUUGCGGCACCGUGCCAAACAUCGCCCGGACCGGAGCCAAUGCAGAAUGAAGAGUGCCAGCCACCGGAUUUCAGAUCAGAAAGCGAGCCGGCAACAAGCGCCGAAGUCGAAGAGAGGCUCUCCAGUCCAUCGCCGAACGGUAGCUGUAAUGCUGGGACGCUUUCUCCGGGGUCAGAAAAUCUAUCAGCGGAAACUGGAGGAAUUCUGUGCAUUGACGACGGGCAGGAAGAUACGCUGCAGCGCGGUGAAGCAGAACAACCGGCAAUCAACCGUGGAAUUUCGUUACCUCUGAAUUCUUCAGCAUCCCGGGAAUUUGAUUCCGUUGUGUCCGGCCGCGUUUCAGUCAUUGUUCGUUGUGGACGUCUGCGUGGCUUGACCUCCACCGAAGGCGAUUCAGCGGACACCGGAAGCGGACAACACAUCGAUGCGGCGCUCAACCACCACAGUACGAACGUAACCGGAAGGCCGCGGUCUCCUGCUAACGCUGAGAGUGAAACCAGUCCAGAGCCUCACUGCGAAUCGCCCAGCACACUGAUAAGUAAUACGCUGACGGCUUUACCCGAACCCAGCAGUCAAGAGCCGGAUACGGGUGCAGACAGGGAAAGCGGACACGGGGAAAUUCAGUCCCUCCUUGGAGAACUGCCUCAACAGGGAUGUUCGCAUGAAGCAGUGAAUCUCGUUGCUUGUUCCCCGUCCGACGCCAUAUCCACUGGAGAUGGCGGUGGAAGUGACACAGGGCUGGGCAGCCACCACGAGGAAAUGCCUCCGAUGGACCAGCUAAUCAACACUGAGUCUUCGGGUUUUUGUGACCUUUCUACACCUGUGAACGCUUCCUGUCGGCUGGAAGAUAAUCCCGCCCACGCCGGGCAGCCAAGGCCGGAUUCAGCCGCCGAUCCAGAUAUCGCUGCCCCGAUCGUUGCUGCGUCUCGGCCUGAGUCGAUCUCCAGUAACGACCACCACCCAACGAUUCACACAUCCGAGGAUAUUCCGGAGAUGGGCGCUAAUACCGGCACUAUAACAUUACCACUUCCUUCCAGCGAAAUUCCACUAGUUCCCAAUUCCAGUUCUGUGCCCACCCCAUGCACGGGAACGACCUGCGAGACGGGAUCACUUCCGCCUGCGAAUGCGGUGGUGAAUAGCGGUGAUGGCGCCAGAUAUCAGUGUCGCAUUUGUCGCUUCUCCUGCGAGGACGAGGCCGCCUUCCUGCUACAUUUGGCCGACGCGGAGCACGCCCGGCUCUUCGCUGCCGGGGAUUUUCUGUACUGCACCGGUUGUAAGUUCAAAACCCGGAAACCGGCAACGAUGGGCCAGCACAUUGUUAAAUACCAAUCACAACGAACGCUGCAAACUAGCAAUAUGCAUUCUGUUAGCAGCUGUGCAUCAAGUUGUUGAAACCGUCUUGAACACAGUGCUAUAUUCUUGAUUGCUCGUUUCAGUCGAUUCUUCUAAGCAAUGGCGUAGCUCACUCCAUUGCAGCGAACCAGAUUACUGACGCGGAACACG